AUGUCAAUUGAUGAGCAUCAAGCUCUCAAAGCUCUCAAAGAUCCUUCUGCUUUCUCCCAUGAUGUCAAUGAAGAUUGUGAAGACUUCACUUUCAGUGAUGUAUGGGAUGGUUCUGAUGCACUCCCCAUCAGCCACACUGGUGGGGAGUUUGGUGACCUGGCGAGAGGUGUUCUCGAAGAAGUCUGGAGAUUUGUUCAACAUGACAAUCAUACCCAGCAUGAUUGUGUUCUACAGAGGAAUGUUGCUUUCAAUGAGCAAAUACCAGCAAUGAGUGAAGCAUACCUUCUAUGGAGCCUAGAAAAGUCACAGAAAGGCUUCAAGAAUUUCUUUGAUCACCUACACAGUGAAGAGACUGAAGAAGUUGUUGAUUUUGAUGGUGGCCAGUGGCCAAUGAUGGUGGUAGAUGCAUUUUUUGCUGAGAAACUGCUACUCAAAAUAUCAUCCAGGGACAAAACCAUUGCCUUGGCACUGGUUCAUCAAGGUGUUAUGCCCUGUUCUCCAAUAUCACCGGUUGUUUGUAUAACAUUAGAAACCCUCAAAUUUUAUUGUAUAGCACACCUCAGGAGCCUGCAUCUUUCAAUUCAAGCAUUUGUCAAAACUAUAUCUGAUUUACAUGGGAUUGAAUUCCACUGGCACCUGUCUCAUCAAUUCUCAAUUGCAUUCAACUUGUACCACCAAAUCAGAUGGACUGUAGCCUCACUCAUAAUGGAAUCACUCCAAUGUGACUCACCUGACUGGUGCCUCAAACAUGCUUGUCUGGCAUGCCAGCUACACUUCAAGAUGCUCUAUGCCAUGGAUGGGAAUGAUUCAUUGAAUCAGAAUGCACCUGAAGAGAACUCUUGUGAAGGACGGUGGAAAAAUAUGGAUGAUUCAAAGACCCAAAAAGCAUGGGGCAUCUAUGAUGAAAUGGGUAUAUUUGUUGCUGUCUGCCACCAUGGUUUUUGUUUGCUCAUCAUGGAUAUGGUACAGAGCAGGGAACUUUAUGAUAUUAGCUGCCAAUUCAAUACUACUAUCAACAAAACACGCUCAUUACAUCACACUUGCCUAGUUGGCACAUUUCAUGGGCAUGCCCAUAGACACUUAUGUCAGCUUUUUUCAUUAACUACCUACACCAAGGGUGUCAGCAUUGAAGACUUGGAGACUUGUGAAUGCACUUUCUCAAAGUCAAAUUCACUUGCACCAUCUCUAUGGUAUACUAGUAUAUUUCAUCGCAAACAGGCCAUUGACUCUUACUUUGAGCACAAUGACGACCUUGAGGUGUAUGGUAAUCUUUCUAAUUUUCUCUACAGCAACUACAAGCAGGCACUUGAUAUCCUGACAAAUGGUAGUGAUGUACUACCAAAUGUUAUUGUUUUCGAAAGUUGGCUGGAAGAAGAGAAAGUAUACCUCAAGGGCCUAACACAGGAGCCAGAAGAAGAGACACUUCAGAUGGAAUACUGGCAGAGGUUAGUUGGAAACACAUGCAAAACUGAGAGUGCAUGCCACCAUGCUCUCGAAGAUUACAAGAGAAACCUGAAACUGGUUCAAGCAUUGGAAUGCAAACUUGAUAUUAUUGCUUGCUGGGUUCCAGAUGAUGGAGAGUGGCAGAGGGUGGGGAGGCUUGUGGCAAACAGGAAGUACCAACAUGCACUGGACCAUCUUGAAGGUUUGGUUGUAGCAUGUAUUUUUGAACUUGCAAAGAUGAACAGGGCAGGAAUGGUUCACAUUGCGAAGGCAUUGCAAACACAUUCCACUGCCAUCAGAUCCGCCCUCAACACUUACAACAAUAUCACAAGUGCAAUGUUCCCUCCACAGCAGGUACUCAAGUGGGAUGAGGUUGUCAAAUAUGCUUUUCUCGCAGACUUCAAUUUGCUAUGCAAUGCACAGGCAGAUGUUUCUCAAACUCCUUGGUCUUUGCCAGCAGCUCAUAGUGCCAUGGACCUUUAUUUCAAGAUGUGUCAGGCUCAGGAAGAAAUAUCUUGCCUGGAUGUUGAGGUUUGCUACGAAGACAACUAUCUACAGGUGUCCCCUGGUUUCAGUGGGACAGUAAUUCCUGGUGUUAGCAUGUGCAUGGGUCCUGGGGAGAGUGCCAGUGCACCAAAUGCAUGGACUCCUGCCAACAUGUUCAGUGACUGCAUUCCUGUACAUAACCUAUCUUCUCCUGUAAGUGCAGAUACACAGGAGGACCUGGAUGAAGAGGAGGAGGCAGACGAGGUGACAGAGGAAGCCUCCAGGAGUUUGCAGAAUGUCCUCCACAUCACUGAUGAUUUAUCAGGGUUACAACUUAUUGACAAUGCUGAACUAGAGUAG